AUGGACCAUAUAGCCGAAGAGCUAAAUGCAGAUCCGAUAGAAGUACGUAUGGCUAACUAUCGACGAGAAGACAAUGACUUACCAAAAUUAGUACCUAUGUUUCUAGACAGAAUCAAUUUCAAGGAGCGCUUAAAUAAUGUCAAAGAGUUCAAUCAUCUCAAUAGGUGGAAGAAACGGGGAAUAAGGAUGAAUAACAUGGCGUUUCCUACUGCAUACAUUGGCAACUAUGGUGCUCUCGUGUCAGUAUACCAUGGUGAUGGAAGUGUUAUCGUAAAUAUCGGUGGUAUAGAAAUGGGACAAGGCAUUUUCACAAAAAUGGCUCAAGUAGCAGCAGCCGAGUUUGACAUCCCUGUUGAAACUGUAACAGUUUUACCCUGUUAUAACUUUACUACUCCAAAUAAUUUUGCGACAGCUUCUAGCAUAACUAGCGAAUGCUGUGCAUACAGUGUAAUAAGAUGCUGUGACCAAAUCAAAGCGAGACUGGCCCCUUUUAGAGCAGCAAGACCUACAGCUUCGUGGCAAGAAAUUGUGUUUGAAGCUGACAGGCAAGGAGUACUACUCCAAGCAAAUUACCAAACAAGUCAAAAUGAUCCCAGAUUGGUAAAUUAUUCUAUAUUUGGAAUAGCUGUAACUGAAGUAGAAGUUGACAUUUUGUCUGGAAGUAAAUGGGUUGUUCGUGCAGAUAUAUUUGAAGACGUUGGUCGUAGUUUGAAUCCAGCUAUAGAUGUUGGCCAGGUUGAAGGAGCAUUUGUUCAGGCCAUGUCCUUGUGGUUAAUCGAAAAUAUAGUGUACAACGAACAUACUGGAGAAUUAUACAGUGAUCGGACUUGGACUUAUAAAAUUAUAGGAGCUAAAGAUAUUCCAUAUGACUUCCGUGUUUAUUUUAGACGAAAGAGGCCUAACCCUGUGGGCAUUUUGGGAUCUAAAGCUGUUGGUGAACCUCCAGGCUGCCUUGGUCAUGUUGUGGUUAAUUCUUUGAGAAUUGCAGUAAAAUCUUCUCGCAGUGACAGUGGCUACCAUCCAGAUUUUGUCAAUUUACAAGUCCCAGUGAAUAUGGAAAGUCUAGUUGAAGCUGCUAAUGUGAGAAUAGAAGAAUUUCUGCUGUAUUAA